AUUAUCGCUACAUUACCUCCACAUUACUGCUACAUUACUGCUACAUUACCUCCACAUUACCUCUACAUUACAUCACUUCUAUUACCUCCACAUUACCUUCACAUUACCGCUACAUUACCUCCACAUUACAUCACUUCCGCAUUACCUCCACAUUACCUUCACAUUACCGCUACAUCACUUUUGUUACCUCCACAUUACCUGGAGUCGUUCCCUCAUAUCCCAGUGCCAUGCACUCUAUGCGAUGCCCAGUCUGACCACUGCUUCCAGCGACUGACCACUCUGUGA